AUGCCUUCUUUUCUCUCGUUUUGUUUCCUUCAUCUCUCGUGCCUUUUUGCCUACAGCCUCUUCUCCAUUUCUGUCUCUGAUCUCAUUUCUCACCCUACCAACAAGGCCUGGACUCAACACUUCGAGCCGACCCAGAACCUUUUCCGGCAAACCACGGCGGACGCGACGGGCAGGAAUACGGAAGAUGACGUUUUGCGGGGCGCACAACUGGCGGUGCAUCCCAACGUGAGGAACUGGCUCCAGGACACGGAGGCCGACGUGGAGCUGUUCUUCCACACCGAAGUAUCCAACGCGGUGCUCGCGAAGUGGAACGGCUACCCGCUGGUGACGCAGCCGUCGCACGCCAGGAACCCGGCGUCCGGGAUGGCCGCCGACGAGAUGGUGGACGCCAUAUACACAGUCGAUGUCCAAAAUAACGUAGGGACGGCGAGGACAGUCAUCACAAUCGGCGAGAUGAAGAGGAACAUUAUCGCUCCAAGGACAUGGCAGAACGGCAAUCUUUAUGGCAACAGGGAACAGCUGAGGCUGUCUCAGGAGCUCGCGCCGCACGUGUACUGCUUCGAUGGCGACACGCUCCUCCUCCAGCUCCAAGCCAAGCGGCCAUCUGACAUCGCGUCGGUUCCUGGUACAGGGUUUCGACGGCUGCAGAGAAUGUACGCCGUGCAGGGGCUGACAGUCGGGGGCUUCUCGGUCGUCGACCGUCGCUUCUUUGACAGCCGGCCAAUGUGGGACGACGAUGGGGCCAAGACCUUUAUCCAGCUAGCGAGCUACGAGCGCAUAGUAGAUCCUCGCACGAGAUGUCUGAAGUGGAGGACCCCCAAUGACCCGACAGGAGUCAACGACGUGUGGGAGACUUGGUGGUUCUGGAAUUGAUUGUUUUGAGGUGAUGAUCCGUCUUGAUUAUAGCAUGGUUUCUUCGCCAUCUAUCUGUAUGAAACCCUGGCGCCAUAGCGCGUACUGCUUCUUGUUGAAGAAAUCAGCUAGGGAAUUCACAUC